CUAUCUAUUUUUAUUUUUAUUUUUAUUUUUUUGGAAAAAAAAAAUUUUUUUACGUUGCUCAUGAAGAAUGAGUGACAUAGCAAGCAAGUCGCGUCAAUUGCUCGUUGUUAGAAUGGUAAAGAUUUUGGAGCAAUCGUACACGGCAAGGGUUGGAUUAGGUCGCGCCUGAACACUUCGUCGAAUCAGGUUCCCGAUUGCUUGCGGCGCGGAGGAGAGGAGCACGGCUUCGCUGAAAGAUCGCGAUCCUCGCCUUCGCUGGAUCAUUUACUGAGUCUUCCUGGCCGUCUCCUCCGCGUCGUUUCCUGCGAAAUCAUUGAAGAGCCAAAGGUACUAGUUCGCGUCUCGCGUUAAAAAAAUUGAAUCUUUGCGCGGUUUCGUUGACUCCGAAGGCAUUAAAUUCGGCGGGAAUGGGCAGCCAUUGCCAAGGUGGGUUUUCGAAUUUCUGUACGACCCUUUCUCGGUUUCUUUUCGUUCUUCGUCGCCCUAGCGUUUGCUUGGGGGCUAGGACUUGGGGAAACUUUGAAUGCGGCGAGGUGAACGUUCUGAUGGGCAAGAAAGAAGAUUGAAGAAGACAAAGUUCCCAAUUUUUUCCGGAAGAAGACCUGGUUUUCAAGGGUUCUCUUAGCGUGACAGCGGGAGUAUAAAGAUGGGGUUUUGAGCUCUUCGGCGCCGAGACCUGGUGGUGGUAAUCCCAGGUAGCAGCUUUCCUUUGACAGCAGAAGUAUGUCGUCUCUUCUGCUUGCUCGCAAGGGCCGCCAUCAGCAGCGGUAUCACAACCAGCUCCGGCUGGUCGCAGGAUGCAUUCCUUACAAGAUAAGUAGAGUAGGCAACAGUCAAUCUGGUGAUGUGCUAGAUAGAGUGGAAGUUCUCAUGAUCAGUUCUCCAGAUCGGCAUGAUUUUGUCUUCCCAAAGGGUGGAUGGGAAAUAGAUGAAACUGCAAGUGAGGCAGCAUGCCGUGAAGCUUUGGAAGAAGCAGGAGUGAGGGGAACUCUGAAUGAAACUGCAUUAGGUGUUUGGGAAUUCAGAAGCAAGAGCAGACAGAACACAUGCAGCUUGGAAGGAACCUGCAAGGGUUACAUGUUUGCCUUGGAGGUCACCGAGGAGCUAAACUGCUAUCCUGAGAUGGACAUGCGUGCGAGGAAAUGGGUGACUGUUAGAGAGGCCUAUGAACUUUGUCGAUAUAACUGGAUGCGCGAAGCGCUUGAUUCGUUCAGAAAUCUGAUGACCGGAAAGCCUAUUUCUAGUGUGCCUGAGCUAUCUGAGUCAUCUGCCUUUCGGAUUGGAGAAGUCACUGCCGCUAACUAUGCGAUAGUACCAAUCUGAAAGUUGUUGGCCACUCUGUAGAAUUAUCGUUUAGGUAUGCAUCACAUAACUCGCAUUGCAACUCUGUUGUUCAUGAUCUAGCAAAUACUGUUAACAUCUGUCUGGAAGACUAAAAUAGGAGAUGGUGGGUGGAGGUGUUUUAUUUGUUCUUUAAUAAUCCUUUUAAUUA